CCGCCUCACAGCUGUGCCUCAACUGUUCAGACACGGGUAAAUGUGCCAACCCAAUCCGCUCCAGAGCCGCUCUACAGCGUCUUUACACACGUUUAGGCUGAAAACUGUGGAGAGAAAGGGUUAGAAAAUGAAUAAAGACAAAAAUACCUAGACUUGUCACUGGAGCGGCUCAGGCUAAAGCUACAUCGCCGAAAAGUGACGCAGUUCCGUGCUGAGGCUGAGGGACGUGAUUUACGCAGAUAAAUUAUCUGGUUUACGCACCAACGCCGCGUAAACCGCUCCAAUCUGCGCCACUCAUUUGGGAAAGGUCUGCUGCUCCGAAUGUGAGAAGAUAAGCAUUAAAAAGAGGACGUAAAAGCGAGAAAUGUAUCUACAAGCACUUUAACUACAAGCCCCGUGAUGCUCUGUGGCGAGGACGUAAUGACGCUGCGCCGGAAGUGUGCGCUGCCGCGGUUUGUUUUGAUGGAGACAGGACACGGCUGUGUGUGCGAUUAAACCAGGACAAAACUGGGACAGAUCCGAGAUAGAGCUCAUUUAAGCCGGACCAGGCGGGUCUAAAGCGGGUCUAAACCAGGACCUAGGCAGGUGUCUGACGGUGUGAAUGGUCUUCUCGGGGGACGAAAGCCGUGAGGAUGAUUCAUGAGCUGCUGCUGGCGCUCAGCGGGUACCCGGGCACCAUCUUCACCUGGAACAAGCGCACCGGACUGCAGGUGUCCCAGGAGCUACCCUUCCUCCACCCCUCUGAACUCAGUGUUCUGAAUAGACAGUGUAAACUGGGCUCUGACUAUAUCCGCUUCACAGAGUUCAUCGAGCAGCACACGGGACAUGUGCACGCACAGGACCUGGGCGCCUCACAGGCUCAGAGUGGGCUUCAGAGUGCAGGGCCUCACAGUGGAGGGCCUCACAGCACAGGGCUCCAUGGCGUGUACCUCAGGGCGUUCUGCACUGGACUGGACUCGAUGUUGCAGCCAUACAGACAGGCUCUUCUUGACUUGGAGCAGGAGUUCCUCGGAGAUCCUCAUCUCACCAUCUCUCACGUCAACUACAAACUGGACCAGUUUCAGCUGCUGUUUCCUUCAGUGAUGGUGGUGGUGGAGACGAUCAGAGCUCAGAAGAUUCACGGCUGUCAGAUCUUGGAGACGGUGUACAAGCACAGCUGUGGAGGUCUGCCCCCUGUUCGCACCGCGCUCGAGAAGAUCCUGUGCGUGUGUCAUGGCGUGCUGUAUAAACAGCUGGCGGCCUGGAUGCUUCAUGGUUUAUUACUAGACCAACACGAGGAGUUCUUUAUUCGCCAAGGCCCCAGCGGUGCUGGUAGCUCAGCCAAUCAGGAUGAAGAAGAGGACGAUUUGUGCCUGGGUGGGCUCAGCGGCAAACAACUGAGAGAGCUACAAGAUCUGAGGCUGAUAGAGGAGGAGAACAUGCUAGCACCUUCACUGCAGCAGUUUUCACUCCGCACUGAGAUGUUACCCUCGUACAUUCCCGUGAGAGUUGCUGAGAAGAUCCUGUUUGUGGGAGAGUCCGUCCAGAUGUUUGAGAACCACAACCACAGCCCCUCCAGAGCCGGCUCUAUACUGAAGCAUAGAGAGGACGUGUUUGCAUCGGAGCUGCACAGACUCAAACAGCAGCCUCUCUUCAGUUUAGUUGACUUCGAAAACCUCAUUGACCACAUCAGGAGCACGGUGGCCGAGCACCUCUGGACACUGAUGGUGGAGGAGGCCGACCUGAUCGAGCAGCUCAAGAUCAUUAAGGACUUCUUUUUACUGGGACGUGGAGAGCUGUAUCAGGUCUUCAUAGAUCUGGCUCAGCACAUGUUAAAGACUCCGCCCACUGCCGUCACUGAACAUGAUGUAAAUGUUGCGUUCCAACAGGCUGCUCAUAAAGUUCUCCUGGACGACGAUAACCUGCUCCCUCUCCUGCACCUCACUGUGGACUACCAGAACAAAGACAAAGACCCAGUCAGAGAGGUGGUCCCAGGCCAGGACUCUUCCCCCCGGGACCCCCCUGUGAGCGGGUGGGCGGCUCUGGGUUUGUCCUACAGAGUCCAAUGGCCCCUGCAUAUCCUGUUUACCCCAGCUGUACUGGAGAAGUAUAAUGUAGUAUUCCGGUACUUGCUGAGUGUGAGGAGGGUCCAGUCGCAGCUGCAGCACCUGUGGGCUCUGCAGAUGCAGAGGAAACACCUGAAGUCCAGUCAGACCGACGCCCCCCAGUGGAGACUCCGGAACCACAUGGCGUUCCUCAUCGACAACCUGCAGUACUACCUACAGGUGGACGUGUUGGAGUCUCAGUUCUCGCAACUCUUGACCCAGAUCAACUCGACCCGAGACUUUGAGAGCAUCAGACUGGCCCAUGAUCACUUCAUCAGCAACCUGCUAGCACAGUCCUUCAUUCUACUCAAACCGGUCUUCCACUGUUUGAGUGAGAUCUUGGAGCUGUGUCACUCAUUCUGUUCUUUAGUCGGACAAAACUCUGCUCUGGACGAGAGAGGAGCCGCUCAGCUCGACCUUCUCAUCAAGGGUUUCCGGAGGCAGUCAUCUCUUCUCUUUAAAAUCCUGUCGAGCGUCAGAAACCAUCAGAUCAACUCAGACCUGGCACAACUACUACUGAGACUGGACUACAACAAGUACUACACGUGCUCCGGGGGUACUCUGGGGAGUGUCUGAGGAUGGACCAAUCAGAGGCGAGCAUCUGCACCUGCCCCGCCCCCUCGCUGUUCAUCAUGAUUCAUGUUUGAGUUAUUAGUUUGCAUGUUUCAGUCUAAUAUUAAAAUGUUAAAACAGGGAAAAAA